UUGCUAAAGCAGAAGAGGAUAAAAAAAGAGCAGCAGAGGAGUUGAGAAAAGCAGAAGAAGCUAGAUUACAAGCAAAAUUCAUUGACUUGCAACUGGAUCAAAAUCGAAGACGUUCGUCGUCUUUGUUCAUCGAUGAUAGUAAUAGCUCUAUAGGUAGGAUGAAUACGUUGUAUUAUUUUGAAACUUGGUCUUACUUUCUGUACUGAUUUGAUUAUCAACGGAAAUCACAAGGUAUGCCCUCUUCUGUAGCCGAUGAUUGGUUUAUGAACAAUAACAACAACAACAACAACAACAACAACAACAACAAUAAUAAUAAUAAUAAUGCGAAUAAUCAGCAUCAAAAUAAUUAUAGUUUGGAUAACACCAGCAGUAGUAAUUUACUCUCAUUACCAGCAUGCAAUAACAGUUUAAAUGAUUUAACUGCUAUGUCGUCGUCGCCUCUGUUGCAUAAACAGCAAAGACAAUCUUCACUCGAAUCUACGACUGCUUAUUCACCCUAUACGUUGUUCGAUAUACCGUUUGCCGAAUUGAACCUUUCUGGGCCUUCUUCGCCCGAGCCAACUACUACAACGAGCAGCCGCAACACGAACAGAAACAGCAACAACAGUUAUACUUUAUACAAUACACCCUCUGCAACCAUGUCCUCUUCUUCUUUACUCAUGGUAGAAAAGAUUAGACUAACAGAUGACUCAGCCAGUUCAGCAGGUGAUAAUACGAGUCCUGCUCAAACAGCAAAAAUUCCAUCGACACCGGCACCGCCACCCAUGAUUAUCAGCAGUAAUAUCCCAACCUUUACUACCUCUUUUCCGUCCACACAACAGCAAUAUCCAAUGUUACCAACACAGCAGCCACCGCCUACCCCUCCGCUCAGUUACACGAACAAUAACACUUAUAAAAGCACGAGCAGUAUGAACACCGUCAAGGGAACAGCUAUGAAUAGCAACAAUGUACCUACUCAUUUAUUUCCGCAUCCAUUACCUCCCUCAUCUUCAUGUUCAAAUCCCUUUUUAUCUAGCACAUCAGAGCCUUGUACACAAUCUGCGUCGGCACAACAACAACAACAACAACAACAGAAAUCUUCUUGCAAGCGUACUUUUUCUCGUACCCGAUCUACUCGUAAACCUUCCAUCAAAGUGUUGGCAAAGAAAAACCGAUCAUCCAGAAUUUUGCCUGCAAGUAAUGAAGAGAUCAGCUAUAGUCACUCAACGAACGAUCAUUAUACUGAGAAUGAAUGUCUUGAUAGGAGAGGAAAGGACAGUAGUACUGCAGAAAUGAAAGAAGGGAGAUCGAAAGGUCAAAGAAAUAACGACACGCCACAGCAAAAGGAAAAGAUAUCUUUGGUCGCAGCGGCAGAGAAAAAUAAGGAAAAAGGGAAUGAAGCAAUGAUACCCAGCACAGCCAACGAUAAAGGAACAGAAGAAGAAGCGAAAAGAAAGUCUAAUAAUGAGAGUGGUGCAAAGUCAACAAGUACAGUAGGAGGAGCACUCAAUCAUGACAGAGUCAUAGAAGCCCUUCGUGCAAAAUUGAAAAGAUCCUCUGGCAGUGGUAGCCAUAUUCAGCAGUCAAUUGACACAGACACGACAUUAGACGCAGAAUCACAGCAACAAAAAGCGCUCCUCAAGAAAAAACGAGAAGAAGAACAAGCAAAGGCAUUCAUGAUGAGUAUGUCGCCUUCGGGUAUCUUAUUGCUCGACUUGAAGAAUCCAAAAAAAACGUUUCCCGUUCGACCGCACAGAAGGGCUCCUUCUGUUGUAAGAAAACCAAAUUCGUUUGUUUCUGCUCAUAAAGCUGCUUCUGUAUCAAAAUCAAAUAAUAGCCCUUCAUAAUCUAUUUUCUUUCGUUGCUUUACAGUGAAAAUGAUGGAAUGAAAAAAAUUAAAGAAAGACAUUCCCCUUUUUUUUUUUCAAA